AUGCCGACGCAUGCGACAGGCGUCUUCAAACGCAAAUGGAUCACAAGUUUCGACCAAUCGCUAACACAAGAAAGUGUCAAUAAAUCCAUUGCAAUGGGCACGCAAAGGCCGAAGGCUCUAAGUGAGUCCGAUUGGAUUGCUAAUCGUAGUCCAGAACACAUCAACAAGGUGGGUAUUGUCAAGUACAACCUCAACCAUGCCACCAAGGUUGUGGCCCAAAUGCAUCGUCUAACGAGGUUGGUGACAUGCACAUGA